AUAAGAUUGCUUAUCGAGCUAAUACUAGAACGCAUCGCUAUAGAGAAAGAGGAUUAGAUCGGCUUCUUCUAAGAAGGAGGGUAUCUUAUACGAGCUCUAGUAGUUUUCCGCCCGGACGGACCGAUAGAGAGCUUUAAUAGUACGAAGUCGGUUACCCUUAAUCUAAUGUCGCUUGCUCUAGUACGUACCGAUCUAGCCCGGCCGUACGCUAAAGCGAUAUACGCUAUAAAGGAAGCAGUCCUACUCCUGCCUAUACUCGACUCUAUACGAGGUAAGAGACAUCGAUCGAUAUCGAGAGUACGCGUAUACGCGCGCGCGCUAGGGACCUAAGGUCGAGAAGAAUCCUUAUACGAGAAGUGCUUAGGGCGGUUAGCGCGGUAGAGCUACGUAUAGGGGUGCCACUCGUACGCUACUUUAUAUGUAUAUGUAUAUAUAUAUAUAUAUAUAUAUAUUUAUAUGUUUUUUUCUUUUUACUUUCUCG